CACACACCAAAACAAAGAUAGGAUACGGUGCAGCAAGAAGCACUAGUGGACCUCAUAACAACCGAAAUCCCCAAAACACCAUACACUGUGUUUAUCUCUUUCAAUCAUUACUUCAAACACUUUCUGCGCCAUCUUUCUCAUGUAAUCCCCAGCUCCCCAAUCUUCGCCAUCAUUCAAAACAUCCUUCGCUCCAAUUCAAUGGAAGGAAACCUUUUCCCCAACCGACCAGCAUUCCCAAUCCAGCCCACCAAACCCGCUUCCCACCAACGCCUCAAAUUCAACACCUCCAGCCUCCCUCUCCCGCCUCUGCUGCCGUCGCAGCAGCAGCAGCAGCAGCAAUCUUCCCACUCUUUCCCGCUCGAUUCCCUCCUCCAGCACCUCCUGCACGUAUCUCACCCUGUCAAAUCAUCUCUAGCUUCUUCCCACGUUCUACCUUCCCGCAGCCAAGACUCCUUGUCGGCCCAUUUCAGGAAAGAUGCCAGCGGCAGCUCGAUUGCGAUUCCGGUGAUUGGUGAUAGGGCUGUGACCGAUGGAGGAUCGCUCGAUUUCCUCCCACUCAAGUGUAAGUUGAUUCUCGACUCAAUUCUGGAGCUUCCCGUUUCCGAAUUGCGCUCCUUUUUUGAUUCCGCCAAGUUCGAAUUGCUUCGAGAAGUUGAUUUGAUUAGUCUGCUGAAAGGUCUGGAUAUGUCGGGGCAUAGCGACAGGGCCGUUUUGUUGUUUGAAUGGGUUGUUCUCAAUUUGGAUGCGUGCAAUAGUGAUAGAUUGGAUAAUCAGAUUAUCGAAUUGAUGGUCAAGAUUCUUGGCAAAGAGUCUCAGCAUUCGGUUGCAUCGAAACUGUUUGAUGUUAUUCCUGUGAGGGAUUUCACGCUUGAUGUUCGAGCGUGGACCACCAUCUUACAUUCGUAUUCUCGCAGUGGGAAGUAUGAAAAGGCCAUAGCAUUGUUCGAUUUCAUGAAGCUGAGAGAUUUGAGCCCGACUUUGGUUACUUAUAAUGUGAUGUUGGAUGUUUAUGGCAAAAAGGGUCGAUCUUGGGAUAAGAUUUUGGGCCUUUUGGAUGAGAUUAAGAGUUUAGGGCUUGAAUUUGAUGAGUUCACUUGCAGCACUGUGAUAUCUGCAUAUGGGAGAGAAGGGUUGUUGGAGGAGGCAAAGAGUUUCUUCAAUGAGCUCAAGUCGAAUGGCUAUGUGCCAGGAACUGUCACGUAUAACUCGUUGCUUCAAGUGUAUGGGAAAGCGGGGAUCUACAAUGAGGCGUUGAGUGUUUUGAGGGAAAUGGAGGAGAAUAACUGCCCUCCUGAUUCAGUGACUUACAAUGAACUUGUGGCUGCUUAUGUGAGGGCGGGGUUCCUUGAGGAAGGAGCUGCAUUGAUUGGGACUAUGACGAGUAAGGGUGUAAUGCCGAAUGCAGUCACUUACACCACUGUCAUUGAUGCCUAUGGCAAGGCUGGGAAGGAGGAUAAAGCCUUGCGUUUCUUCAAGCAGAUGAAGGAAUCGGGGUGUGUCCCUAACGUUUGUACCUAUAAUUCCAUUAUCGGGAUGUUAGGGAAGAAGGCACGUAUUGAGGAGAUGAUGGAGGUGAUCUGUGAUAUGAAGUCUAGCGGGUGUAUACCAAAUCGUGUCACGUGGAACACCAUGCUCGCCAUGUGUGGUACCAAAGGGAUGCACAAGCAUGUGAGCCGCGUCUUCCAUGAGAUGAAGAACUGUGGGUUUGAGCCGGACAGGGAUACAUUCAAUACUUUGAUAAGUGCGUAUGGUAGGUGCGGGUCCGAGAUCAAUGCUGGGAAGAUGCACGACGAGAUGAUAAAAGCAGGGUUUUCGCCAUGUAUCACGACCUAUAAUGCACUCCUAAACGCCUUGGCUCGGAAAGGAGACUGGAGAGCGGCAGAGUCUAUUAUUGCAGACAUGACGAGAAAGGGUUUUAGGCCUAAUGAGACGACACAUUCGCUCAUGCUUCACAGCUACUCGAAAGGAGGGAAUGUGAGAGGAAUCGAGAGGAUAGCUGAGGAUAUCUAUGAUGGUCACAUAUAUCCAAGCUGGAUGCUUUUGAGAACUCUGAUUCUAGCAAAUUUCAAGUGCAAAUCCCUUGCAGGAAUGGAGAGAGCAUUUCAAGAGUUCUUGAAGAACGGCUACAGACCCGAUAUGGUGGUGGUGAACUCCAUGCUGUCCAUCUUCUCGAGGAACAAGAUGCAUGAGCGUGCUCAUGAGAUGCUGCAUUUCAUUCGGGAGAGUGGGCUGCAGCCGGAUCUUGUCACCUACAACAGCUUGAUGGAUAUGUAUGCUAGGUCUGGCGACUGCUGGAAGGCACAGGACGUCCUCAACGGGUUGCUGCUAGGCGAAGGGAAGCCGGAUCUUGUGUCUUACAACACGGUCAUCAAAGGCUUCUGCAGGCAAGGGCUCAUGGAGGAGGCAAUGAGGACUUUCUCUGAUAUGACGAGUAGGGGGAUAAGACCAUGCAUAGUUACCUACAACACGUUCGUAGCUGGCUUCUCAGCGCGAGGGCUUUUCCAAGAAGUGGACGAAGUGAUGAGCUAUAUGAUCCAGCAUAACUGUAGGCCGAAUGAGCUCACAUAUAACACAAUCGUAGAUGGCUAUUGUAAGGCAAAACGGUACAAAGAUGCUAUGGAGUUUGUGGCCAGGAUCCGGGAGGAGGACGCCUCAUACACCGAGCAAGCUCUGCAGAGGCUCGUGUUGCGGGUCAGGGAAAACAUGGAGUCAUGAGGUCGCCAGAUUCUUGAAAUUCUUCUUUAAUGGAGACAGCAGAAGAAAACACAUACUUAGAAUCAUCAGUUGCUAUGAAGUUUUUUUGGCCUUAUAGAGCUGAGUGUCAUAGCUGUGUUGUUGCCUGCGGCAUCUUAGUAUAUUUCGAAGCUUCUUUACUCAGGAGAUGAAACUACUUCUUAGUAUGUAUGUAUGUAUGUAUGUAUGUAUAUUCCUUUAUUGUUUUAUAUCCAAUACAAUUCGAAA